AUGUGUAAGCGAGUGAACGCCCAAAGGUGGACAAACACACGUGAACGACCCACGACCCUUGAGUCAGCAUCCCGCCCACCACACUCUCAGUCAGCAUCCCGCCCACCACACUCUCAGUCAGCAUCCGCCCACCACACUCUCAGUCAGCAUCCGGCCCACCACACUCUCAGUCAGCAUCCGCCCACCACACCUCAGUCAGCAUCCGCCCACCACACUCAGUCAGCAUCCCGCCCACCACACCUCUCAGUCAGCAUCCGCCCACCACACCUUCAGUCAGCAUCCGCCCACCACACUCUCAGUCAGCAUCCGCCCACCACACUCCCAGUCAGCAUCCGCCCACCACACUCUCAGUCAGCAUCCGCCCACCACACUCUCAGUCAGCAUCCCGCCACCACCUCAGUCAGCAUCCGCCCACCACACUCUCCAGUCAGCAUCCCGCCCACCACACUCUCAGUCAGCAUCCGCCCACCACACCUCUCAGUCAGCAUCCCGCCCACCACACUCUCAGUCAGCAUCCCGCCCACCACACUCUCAGUCAGCAUCCGCCCACCACACUCAGUCAGCAACCCGCCCACCACACUCUCAGUCAGCAUCCGCCCACCACACUCCAGUCAGCAUCCCGCCCACCACACUCUCAGUCAGCAUCCGCCCACCACACUCUCAGUCAGCAUCCCGCCCACCACACUCUCAGUCAGCAUCCCGCCCACCACACUUCUCAGUCAGCAUCCUGCCCACCACACUCUCAGUCAGCAUCCUGCCCACCACACCUCAGUCAGCAUCCCGCCCACCACACUCUCAGUCAGCAUCCCGCCCACCACACUCUCAGUCAGCAUCCGCCCACCUCUCCAGCAUCCGCCCACCUUCCAGUCAGCAUCCCGCCCACCACACCUCUCAGUCAGCAUCCCGCCCACCACACUCUCAGUCAGCAUCCUGCCCACCACACUCAGUCAGCAUCCGCCCACCACACUUCAGUCAGCAUCCUGCCCACCACACUUCAGUCAGCAUCCCGCCCACACAAUUUCAGUCAGCAUCCCGCCCACCACACUCAUCAGCAUCCCGCCCACCACACUCUCAGUCAGCAUCCUGCCCACCACACUCUCAGUCAGCAUCCUGCCCAACACACUAUCCAGCGACAACAUAAAGGGUGUAAUGGCCAGAGAACACUUUAUAAAGGUGGCUCAUGGGACGAUAACAGAUACAGCUUGA